GGCAGGAUCGAGUGGCCGCGAUCCGCGAUAUAAAGACGCACCAACGCACUCCACCUGAAGCUAUUCUACCGCAGCUAAAGCAACAUGAAGGUGUUCGUCGCCAUCCUCUCCCUUGCCCUCGUGGCCUCCGCUAUCGGACAGGAGUACUACCAAACACCUGAGGAGCUCCCAUUGGUGUAUGCUCGCGUCGCUCGGUCUCCCCAAUUUGGAGGUGGUCACCGUAGACAUCAGCAAUUCCGUCAGCCUGGUGGAUUUGGGGGACGUCCUGGAGGCUUUAACGGAGGAUUCGGAGGUCCCGGUUUUGGAGGUCCCGGCGGCGGCUUCGGCGGCAGCGCUUCCAACGCUAACGCUGCUUCCCAGAACUUCAACUCCGGAUUCGGAGGCCUCAGCGGCGGUGCGUCCAGUGCCAACGCCAACUCGCAGAACUUCAACACUGGUGGUGGAUUCGGAGGACUCGGAGCUUCGGGCUCUGCUGCUUCCGCCAGCGCCUCCAGCCAGAACUUCAACUCCGGAUUCGGAGGCCUCAGCGGCGGUGCGUCCAGUGCCAACGCCAACUCCCAGAACUUCAACUCUGGAUUGGGAGGAUUCGGUGCCAGUGCAUCCAAUGCCAACGCUAAUUCCCAGAACUUCAACUUCGGUCGCUAAUUUCGCGACUGCUGACUGACCUUACCUAAUUAAGAAGUGACA